AUCAGAUUAUAAUCCAAACAGUUCCACCACGCAAAAGACACCUGUUAGUAAUGUUCAUGGAACUGAUAACAGCGUCAAUUAAGUUUCCUUCCGGAACGAUUUAGCGUUACGCACGCACCGGGAUCAGCUGUGAUCAACUGCCUGUUUUCUACGCGAUUAAACCUUUGUUUCCUAUGACAAACGUGGUCGAUUAUAUGUUAUUGAGCUGUGACUAAAACCAGACGUUUUCGUAAAAGUAACUGUUAAGUUGAGAUGUUUAUUAAAGUCAUUAAUGAGCUCAUGUAAGUUCAGUGGGAAUCAGCAGCGCGGAGUCACACUCUGUCAACAGGGCAUCGCAAUGUGUUUUAUAGUGAAUCGAUAACAUGUCACAGAUUUGUGUUCUGUCUCUGUGAUAUUGGAGGUGGAAGAUGUCUAAGAAAAAGACUGGCGCUCGUAAGAAGGCUGAGAACCGAAAGGAGCGAGAGAAACAGACUCGAGCCAAUAAAGACGUUGUUGAUGUGGCCAAACACCCAUGCAAUGCAUCCAUGCCCGAACACACAAAUUUGGCCGGCAGAGUGGUGCUGAUGAAGAUGAUUAUGGUGCGUCUGGAUACAGCUCCUAUUGGACAAAUCAGGAAUCUGGAGGGGGCUACAAAGACGAGGAGGAUGACGACUUUGACGAUGAUUAUGAUGAAGAGGACGAAGAUGAAGAUGAUGAUGACGAUGAGGAGGAGGAGGAAGACAACCCAGAGGUGGAGGACUCUCUAUCAAAUCUGAGUUUGGGAGCAAGUGGAAAGACCCAAUAAAAAUGCAAUUUGUAGAUGGGAUUCAGAAAUUCAGAUAUAGGUGUCAUCUAAUAACGUGUCAGAUAUUUGGCCUUUUACCUAAGGUUUUCUGCAUUGCAUUGAUAUGAAUGUGUGCAUAAAUGUCUGACGUUGUCACCUUUUUGAAUUUUAAAUAUAUCUGAAGAAAUGUUUUUAAAAGUCUGUUGUUUUUUUGUAUUUAUUUAAUGGGAUUUGUAUGCCUCUUCAGAUAACAAUAAUGCAAACCAGACCCAGCUUCUCAGCUUUUAGGAU